UCCGCUACUCCUCUGCUUUCAUGCCAUCAGGUUAGGCAGCUAGCACGAGAGCUAAGCUAGCGUCACGCUAGGCCUCCAGCAGACCAGCGGGAGAGCUACCAAGAUCAAACACUGCUAUUCGGAAGGAGACAAAUAUCCCUUUAUGAAUCUGCAUGAGAACAAUUAAAAUCCCAGAAAUAUGGUGGUUCUCAAAAUUCGAGACCAGCCUGCUUUGCUGAAAGCUAUUUUCAAUGUGGACCCAGAUGAAGUACGCUCGCUCAUAUUCAAAAAAGAGGAUGUGAAUGCACAGGACAAUGAGAAGCGAACUCCAUUACAUGCUGCUGCCUAUCUCGGAGAUGCAGAAAUUAUUGAGCUGCUGAUUCUUUCAGGUGCCAGAGUAAAUGCCAAAGAUAACAAGUGGCUCACUCCUCUGCACCGGGCUGUGGCCUCCUGCAGCGAGGAGGCUGUCCAGGUGUUGCUGAAACACUCUGCAGACGUGAACGCCCGAGACAAGAACUGGCAGACGCCGCUUCACAUCGCCGCAGCGAAUAAAGCAGUCCGCUGCGCCGAGGCCCUCGUCCCACUGCUCAGCAAUGUGAAUGUGUCUGACAGGGCAGGCAGGACCGCGCUGCACCAUGCAGCCUUCAGCGGUCAUCUGGAGAUGGUGAGGAUCCUGCUCUCCAGAGGAGCAAACAUCAAUGCCUUUGACAAGAGGGACCGCCGUGCAAUCCACUGGGCAGCCUACAUGGGACACAUAGAAGUGGUGAAGCUGCUGGCAUCUCAUGGGGCCGAGGUGGCCUGCAAAGAUAAGAAAUCUUACACCCCCCUACAUGCAGCAGCUUCCAGUGGAAUGAUCAGUGUUGUCAAAUACCUCCUGGACUUGGGGGUGGAUAUCAAUGAGCCCAAUGCAUAUGGCAACACACCCCUCCAUGUGGCCUGUUACAACGGGCAGGACGUGGUGGUGAAUGAGCUCAUAGAGUGCGGAGCUAAUGUCAACCAGGUGAACGAGAAGGGCUUUGCUCCUCUCCAUUUUACCGCAGCGUCACGCCACGGGGCGCUCUGUUUGGAGCUCCUAGUGUGCAACGGGGCUGAUGUCAACAUCAAGAGUAAAGAUGGUAAGACUCCGCUCCACAUGACAGCAAUCCAUGGGAGGUUUUCUAGGUCUCAAGCAAUCAUUGAAAAUGGUGCUGAGAUUGACUGUGAAGAUAAGAACGGAAAUACACCACUGCACAUUGCAGCUCGAUACGGACACGAGCUGCUCAUCAACACCCUUAUCACCAACAGAGCUGAUACAGCUAAACGAGGGGUUCAUGGUAUGUUCCCGCUGCAUUUGGCUGCUCUCAGUGGGUUCUCUGACUGCUGCAGAAAGCUCCUGUCUUCAGGAUUUGAUAUUGAUACUCCUGAUGACUUUGGAAGGACCUGUUUACAUGCUGCAGCUGCUGGAGGAAACCUGGAAUGUCUCAAUCUUCUCCUCAACACUGGGGCAGACUUUAACAGAAAGGACAGCUUUGGCAGGACCCCUCUGCACUAUGCUGCUGCCAACUGUAACUACCAGUGCCUGUUUGCUCUGGUGGGCUCUGGGGCCAGCGUCAAUGACCUAGACGAGCGGGGCUGCACUCCUCUCCACUACGCCGCGGCCUCUGACACAGAUGGAAAGUGCCUGGAAUAUUUACUGCGAAAUGAUGCAAAUCCAGGGAUCCGGGACAAUCAGGGCUACAACGCUGUGCACUACGCCUCGGCGUAUGGACAUCGCCUCUGUCUGGAGCUGAUUGCAAGUGAAACACCCCUAGAUGUGCUAAUGGAAACCUCAGGGACAGAUAUCCUGAAUGACUCGGAUGUCAGAGCCCCCGUCAGCCCCCUGCACCUUGCUGCAUACCACGGUCACCACCAAGCAAUGGAGGUUCUGGUGCAGUCUCUGCUGGAUCUGGAUGUGAGAAACAGCCAAGGGCGCACGCCCCUAGACCUGGCUGCUUUUAAGGGCCAUGUAGAGUGUGUGGACGUCCUGAUCAACCAGGGAGCCUCCAUCCUUGUUAAGGACUUCACCUUGAAGCGAACCCCCAUCCAUGCUGCAGCUACUAAUGGUCAUUCAGAGUGUUUGCGUUUGCUGAUUGGAAAUGCUGAUCUUCAAAGUGCAGUCGACAUUCAAGAUGGGAAUGGACAAACCCCCCUGAUGCUGUCAGUCCUGAGUGGACACACAGAUUGUGUGUAUUCUCUGCUAAAUAAGGGAGCCAGUGUAGAAGCCAAAGAUAAGUGGGGCAGGACAGCCCUACAUAGAGGGGCGGUGACCGGUCACGAGGAAUGCGUGGAGGCCUUGCUUCAGCACAGCGCCAACUUCCUGGUGCGGGAUUGUAAAGGACGCACACCGGUCCACCUGUCAGCGGCAUGCGGACACAUUGGGGUACUGGGAGGCCUGCUGCAUGCUGCCCAAUCAGUGGAAACACUCCCUGUCUUAACAGACAACCAAGGCUACACCCCACUGCACUGGGCCUGCUACAAUGGUCACGAUACGUGCGUGGAGGUUUUGCUGGAACAAGAGGUUUUUCACAAGGCCGAAGGCAAUUCUUUCAGCCCCCUCCACUGUGCUGUGAUCCAUGACAACGAAGGCGCUGCCGAGAUGCUGAUAGACACUCUGGGCCCUGCCAUUGUCAACACCAAAGACAGUAAAAACAGGACCCCACUACAUGCAGCAGCCUUCACUGACCAUGUAGAGUGUCUGCAGCUGCUGCUGAGCCACAAUGCUCAGGUCAACAGUGUGGACGCCGCAGGGAAGACCCCGCUUAUGAUGGCUGCUGAAAAUGGCCAGACUAACGCUGUUGAACUGCUGGUGAGCAGUGCGAAAGCAGAUCUCACUCUGCAGGAUGCUGUGAAGAACACUGCACUUCAUCUCGCCUGCAGUAAGGGACAUGAAACCAGUGCCUUGUUGAUAUUGGAGAAGAUUACAGAUAGAAACCUCAUUAAUGCCACUAACGCCGCCUUACAGACGCCUCUACACGUGGCUGCAAGAAAUGGUUUAACUGUGGUGGUGCAAGAGCUGCUUGCAAAGGGAGCCAGUGUACUUGCAGUUGAUGAAAACGGUUACACACCCGCCUUGGCUUGUGCCCCCAACAAAGAUGUGGCAGACUGCCUAGCCCUCAUCCUGGCCACCAUGAUGCCUGUGUCCCCCUGCACCCCGGCACCCACCCUCCCUUUCAAUGCCAUUAACCACUACACUACCAGCCCCUCCAAGAGCGUCACCUUCGACAGCCUGCCGGCGCUGCGCGACGAGCACAGCUCCUACUGCAGUUUCAACAACAUCAGCCAUCACGACGGCCUCUACAAGGACGAAGAGCUCAAUGACUCAGACUCUGAGACGUACUGAGGGGCAGGAGGGAGCGACAAAUGCAUAAACACACACACUGUGUCUUAAAAAUCACCCACCGCCAGCUUGGGAGGGCAGAAGAAGAAAGAAAAGCCCCCACAGGAGCCUUAAGAGUCCCCCCCCCCCCCCCCCCCCCCCCCCCCCCCCCCCCCCC